UCCCAAAAUCUAGUAUUGAUAAUUUCACAAUGUAAGUCAUUCUAUUAUUUCCCACAUUCAUAUUGAUGUUCUAGAUUCAUUAACAUCAAUAGAAAUGUGGAAAAUGCUAGAACGACUUAUAUUAUGAAACGAAGGUAGUAGUAUAUUUUUAUACGAAUAUGUUUUCUCUUGCCCCUGUCAUGCAGCUGGCUCGCUACAAUAACAGAUGGUCUCACUCUCACCCCCUGGAGUUUGCACUUUGCAGCAAGUCUCGCAGAAAAUGUUGUGUGCCAACUUGAACUGCUCUAUAGAGCGCGGAAUGAGACUCAUCCGCCACCAUAUAUGUCCGGUUGUCCCCGUUUAAAUACGAGCGUUCUGCGGUUCUCAACUUGUACGUGACCGAAUCAAAGUUAACAACGAUCGUUUCGAGAGCGGCAAUCGAGACAUGGAGCCGCCGACCCAGGCACAAUUAGAAGCCGAGGUCGAGGGCAACUACUGCCGCUCAGGAGUGCCCGAAGGGAGACGCGCGUUCGCGAUGAAGCGGCACUUGUACACGUACGCCCACGCGAGCAACAUGAUCGUCCAGAACCGAUUCGGCGUGUGGUCGCAUCGAGACCAGGGGUACAUGGCGUACAUCAGGAGGACCCGCUACUUCAAGUUCGUCAAGAUCGGCUGGGGGCUCUCGAGGCUGAGGCGGGUGUGCCAGCAGCACGGCGUGUUCGCGUGGUACCAGUGCACGCCGCGGCGGGAGGAGUUGGAGGCCGCGGAGGCCGGCGUGCGGAGGCUUUUCAGCCGCCACACGCCUGCUUGGAUGAAGAAGCAGAAGCGGCUGCAGAGACGCGAGCGAGAGCGAGAUGAGCGGCGUCUCAACAAGCAGAAGCGGCCUCUCGCAUUGAAGCAGCAGCAGCUUAAGGCGCAGGCGCCCAUGACCCGUGCAGUACUACUGUUUGCUUAUGUAUAUGCAUGUGUAGUUAAACUUUGUUGUUAUUUAAGAAGAAUUAUUCGUGCGUAGCGUGUAGAUGUUGUUCUAUCUGGAUAAAAUGAAGACAAUGUGUGUUUCUUUCUUUGAAGACAAAAUGGAAGUGAUCUACAUCUUCGUUAUUCA